AUGACAACUUUCAGGCCCUUUAGGCCGGACGACCUAAACAGGGUAUCCAAGUGCAAUCUCGACCCGCUGACCGAGACUUACGACUUGAGCUUCUAUGUGCAAUACUACACGAAAUGGCCAUCGCUAUUCCAAGUCGCGGAGGACACCAAUGGGAACAUUGUAGGAUACAUCAUGGGCAAGGUUGAGAGCUCCCCGGACUACUUCAAGUUCUCCGAGCAUUACCUGCCAUGGCAUGCGCACAUCACUGCGCUUACGGUAGCGCCAGAGGCUCGCCGCUCAGGGGUUGGCAGCAUCCUCACAGAGUUUCUAGAGAAGGCGGCAGAUGCCCAUGAAGCCCUGUUUGUGGAUCUCUUCGUUCGGAAAAGCAACACUCGAGCGAUCAACUUCUACGAGAAGCUGGGAUACAGCGUAUUCCGCGUCGUCAAGGACUACUACGGGGACAACGUCAACGACCCAACCGCCAACGGCGAAGACGCCUAUGACAUGCGCAAAUCUAUGAAGCGGGAUGCCAAGGGCGAGCACGUGCGAGCCGAUGGCCGCGAUCACGCUGUCAAUCCCGAGGAUGUCUUCUAG